AUGGCGGGCCAGACGAUAUCGUGGAGCACGGGAUGCGUCAAGGUGACGCGUAACAAGCCCGUCACGCUGCGGAACGGCGUGCUACAGAUCCGGCCGCAAGAGGCGUGCCCCGAAGACGCGCCGCGCUGGCAGAAACGCGCCGCCGCCCUCCAACGGAUCCGCCAGGGCAUGCCGGUCGGCAUCGUCUGCGAGGACAGCUGCCCCGGGCUCACUCUCGAGAACGUCACGAUCCGGGGCUUCUUCCACGGCGUCGAGGUCCGCGGCCGCGUCGCCAUGCGCGACUGCGUUUGCGAACGGGGCGGGGCGGGCGUCAUGGUGCAGGGGCCGAGCGCGCACGCGACGCUCACGCGCUGCCGCGUGGCGCGGAACGAGCGCGACGCGGUCACGUGCCGGGCGGGCGCGACGGCCUGCGUCGACGACUGCGACAUCCGGGACAACCACGGGGCGGGGGUGUUAUGUUGGGGCGCCGACAGCGACGUCACGUGCCGGGGCACGCGCAUCGCGGGCCACGCGCUCGCGGGCGCCUGCGCGUCGCUCGAGGGCCACAUGAGGCUGGAGGGGUGUGUUUUGGUAGGAAAUGGGUCCUCCGGGGUCUAUUGCAGCGACGCAGGGUCGCUGGUGCACGUGCUGGCGUCGUGCACGUUCGGGUGGCACCCGGGGCCGUGUAUGCACGCAUACGGCGGCGGGGUGGUGUGGGUGCGGGGGUCUGAGGGGGGGAGUCUGAGGUCCCUGACGCAGGCUCUGGAGGAGCUGGAGGGGCUCGACGGCCCGAGGGAGGGGGAGUGCAGGCCGGUCGGUCGGUCGGGGGGGAACUCGCACCAUUGGAUCGCGAGCACGGCGGGGCCGAAGUGCGCGGCCGAGUUGGGGGGCGUUGUGCGGUGGGAUCGAGACCUGGAACUGGUUUGA